GGAAAGGAAUAUCCUACCUCCUAACCCUAUUUAUGUCUUCCUUCCCAAUCAAUCUCCUACAGUUUUGAUUUCGUCACUGUUCUUUAUCUGUCGAUCGCACUGAACUUCUCUAUAUAUACGUGUAUGACUUGUACCCUCUGAACAUCCCUCAACUCGGCUUUUCUCGCUUACAUUGACACUAAGAAGAAGAACAAAAUAUGGAGGACAUGUUGUCAGCUAACGACGAGCAGAGUAUGGUGUCUUCCUUCCUUGAAAUCGCUGUUGGCCAAACUUCCGAGACAGCCAGACAAUUCUUGCAGGCGACAAGUUGGAAACUUGAGGAAGCUAUUCAGCUUUUUUAUGUGGGCAAUGAAAGUGGCGCAAUGUCAGCAGCUUCACCCUCUCCAGUUAUAGACAAUGCUGUUUCUUCAGCAGAACAAUCUUUUAGAGGAUUGAAUGAGGCGGUGAAUGCUAAUGUGGAACAGAUUGGUGAAGAUCAAGUACGCGCGCCAUUACCUGUCGUUAGGGAGACUCUAUAUGAUAAUGCCAUGUUGUAUGGGACGUCAAGGCCAUAUACUCCAAACGAAUCUAGUUCAUUGAUUGCAUUUCGUAAUUUUGAUGAGGAAAUGAAGCGGCCUGGGGUUUGGGAAUCAGACCAGGGCACUACAUCUACAGCAGAUGCGCCUCGAGACAAUCUUGCUUCUUUGUACCGUCCUCCUUUCCAUCUGAUGUUCCAUGGUCCAUUUGAAAAGGCAAAAGGAGCUGCAUCUGCUCAAGAUAAAUGGCUGCUAGUGAACUUGCAAUCUACAAAGGAGUUCAGCUCUCACAUGCUUAAUCGAGACACAUGGGCAAAUGAAGCUGUUUCUCAAACUAUUAGCACCAACUUUAUCUUCUGGCAGGUUUAUGAAGAUACAAGUGAAGGCAGGAAAGUCUGCACUUAUUACAAACUGGAUUCUAUUCCAGUGGUGCUUGUUAUUGACCCAAUUACAGGCCAAAAAAUGCGCUUUUGGUCUGGAAUGGUUCAACCUGAGAGUUUGCUAGAGGAUCUAGUGCCAUUCAUGGAUGGGGGCCCAAGUCAUCAUCAUGCAACUCUUUCUCACAAACGUCCACGUGGAAGUUAUUUGACUCCUCAACAGAAAAUUAAAGUGUCCCCUGAUGAGACUUAUGACGAAGAUGAAGAAAUGCAACGAGCACUUGCAGCUUCUAUGGCAGUAGAAGACAAGAAAGUGGUGACUUGCACUGAUAAGGACAUACCUGCUACCGCGGAGGAGGAAACAUGUUCAUCUAAGAAGCCGGAAUAUCCACCUUUGCCUGAAGAACCCAAAGGCGAUAGAAACCUCCUAUGCAGGGUUGGUGUUCGUCUUCCUGAUGGACGCAGGGUUCAAAGAAAUUUCCUGCGAACUGAUCCAAUACAGCUGCUGUGGUCAUUCUGUUACUCUCAACUGGAGGAGGCAAAGACAAAAGCACUUCGCUUGACACAUGCAAUCCCGGGUGCAACAAAGAGUCUAGAUUACAACAGUAAAUUAACCUUUGAGGAAUCGGGGUUUGCCAACUCGAUAAUAUCAGUAACUUGGGAGUGAAUUCUGUCCUGGGCAAAGAGUCUUCAAGAGAAGGUAGAAGAAGAAAGGAGGAGCUUCGCCAGUGAUGAAGGCCUUGGGUUUUUUAACAUCUGCUAUAUGUUUUAAUUUUUUUGGUAGUUGGUUUUGUUGCCUGAAAGUUAAUCUUUGAAAAUAAUACAAGUUUAUUUAUAAUUUGUAAAUUCUCGAUAUGAUGUUGGAUAAAUGAAAUAUUAGUGUUUAUUUUGGUUA